GUAGUUAAAGGGGCACUACUUUUGUGGGUCAUUCUUGGAUGGGUGGAUCGUUACUAGAAGGUACAUUCCCUGCCUCAUUGACUCAUUCCCUGGGACUUUUUAGGGCAGCAACGUAUUUUUCAUCUAUUUUCCCUUCCCCGAUGAGAGGGGCCACUUCCCCCACCCCCGGGCCUGAGGAAAGCAAAGACCCUGCGCCAGGGGGCGGGCGCAAGCCCUCCUACAGGCCUGGCUGCCCGCCCGCCCGCCUCUCCUCGGGCAGCAGCUGGGACAAUCUUGGAAGGAGCGGCUCGCACAGCGGGUAGCCAAAGUUCGGCGGCGAGACGCCGAUGCCAAACCCAGCCCCUGGCCGGGGGAGGAUCGGAACGGGAGCUGCGGGCAAGGCAGGGAUUUGCAGCAACAGACAAACUUUCCCCUCCGAGGCAAGGCAGCCUUUGCAGCGGCGGCGGCGGGAAACGCGCCCGCUCCCUUAGCAUGGCCCCCUGGGAGCUGCUGCAGCUCUACACCUACGGCCUCGCCAUCGCCACGGCUCUGCUCCUCUGGGCGGCGUGCGCCUGCAGCAGGAGGAGGAGGAGGACCGGAGAACCCCCGUUAAUAAAUGGUUGGAUUCCUUUCAUUGGGAAGGCCUUAACUUUUAGGAAAGAUGUUUUCAAAUUCUUGGUGUCUCAGCAACAAAAAUUCGGAGACGUUUUCACUGUAUACGUUGUUGGUAGAUAUAUUACUUUUAUCAUGGACCCAUUCCAGUAUGUUUAUGUGAUCAGAAAUAGCAAGCAACUUGAAUUUUAUGAAUUUGCUGAUAAAAUGGCAUCAAGAACUUUUGGCUAUCCCUCUUUGUCAAAUUUCCCAAAACUAAACGAAAAUCUGCAUCGAAUUUACCAAUACCUGCAAGGCAAGCCUUUGGACAUAAUUUCUGACCACAUGAUGAAAAAUCUCCAGCAUAUAUUUGAAUGGAAAUGCUCACAAGCAACAGAUUGGAAAACAGAAAAAAUGUACAAGUUCUGCAGCUUUCUAAUGUUUGAAGCCAGUUUUAUAACACUAUAUGGAAGAGAUCCUGCUGCAGAUGGCCACAAUGUUAUUAGUGAAAUCAGAGACAAAUUUACCAAGUUUGAUGCCAACUUUCCCUAUUUAGUUGCAAACAUACCAAUUGAGUUGCUAGGAGUUACCAAGAAGGUUCGGCAGGAGCUUAUACAUCAUUUUUUACUUCGGAACAUGGCAAAAUGGAUGGGAGGGUCAGAAGUGAUCCAAGCCAGAAAAGAUAUAUUAGAGAAAUAUGAGCUGCUCCAAGAUUAUGACAAAGCAGCACAUCAUCUUGCCUUCCUGUGGGCCUCUGUGGGAAACACGAUUCCAGCUACAUUCUGGGCCAUGUAUUAUCUUCUGUGGCACCCAGAAGCUCUUGCAGUGGUGCGUGACGAAAUUGACCAUUUGCUGCAGUCAACGGGUCAAAAGAAAGGGCCUGGAUAUUGCAUCCACCUCACCAGAGAACAACUGGACAGCCUGGUCUACCUAGAGAGCGCUUUAAAUGAGAGUUUACGAAUGUGCUCAUCUUCCAUGAACAUUCGGAUCAGCCUAGAGGAUUAUAUUCUCAAGCUUGGAGGAAAUCAGGAAGUCGGUUUGAGGAAAGGAGACUGGAUAGCUCUUUAUCCUCAAAUUUUGCACAUGGACCCUGAGAUCUAUGAAGAUCCUGAGGUGUAUAAGUUUGAUCGUUAUAUAGAGAAUGGCAAGAAGAAAACCACCUUCUACAAGGGGGGAAAAAAGCUGAAAUACUUUCUGAUGCCUUUUGGCUCUGGAAUCAGCAUGUGUCCUGGCAGGUUCUUUGCAAUGAAUGAAAUGAAGCUGUUUCUGAUUUUAUUCCUGGCUUACUUUGACGUAGAACUAGUGGAAAAGAAGCCCAUAGGUCCUGACAACAGUCGUAUGGGCCUUGGUAUCCUCUUGCCAGACUCUGAUAUUGCCUUUCGUUACAAGAUAAAGUCUUUUUAGAAAAGUAAACUGCCUAUUGCAGACUUCCCACUAUUCUCACUUUUUUUGCUGUUUCCUGGCUGUGUAUUUUCUUUUUAGAGAGGUUUGUUUUUUCCUGUUCUGCUUUCAUCUCUCUCCUACUUGUGUAUGUUUAAGUGAAGAGAGAGUAAUGCUAAAUGUCUUAGGGCUGGAGGAUCACCUCCACAGACACGAGAGCAGGAGUGCCUGGAAAUUGAUAAGGGGGCAUGGAAGAAAGCAACAACUCUGAGACAUUCACCCUGCACAAUACCCUGAGCCAACAGAAGUCAUUGAUUGCCAUUCCACACUACACCCUCUCUGCUGAGGGGGAAAUAUCGUAAUCGGAGUGGCCAGUGGCUGCAUGCCUUUGUAACCCACAUUAACUCAAUGUGGGCCUCUGUCCUCCUCUAGUGGCUGGACCACAUGAGAGAUUUUUGUCCCCUCUGCUGCCCUGGUGCUCAAAUAUUUGGUCCUUUAACUCAGUUCAUAGAGGCUCAGCCUUUUAGAUGUAAAGGUCUCGGAUUCAAUCCACAGACAGUUGACCCAUCUGGACGUGUCAUUACACUUGCUCAAGGAAACCUGCUGCCCAAGGAUAAAAGGGACCUGGAGAGCAGUGUGGCGCAGAAAGGGGACUUUUUUUAUUCCCGCCAUCCCCAAGCACCUUUCCCUUCAGCACAGCAUUCACUAGAAACCGCACAAAAUCUGUCUUGCUGGUUUUCUGGGCCCACUUUCCUCUCUGAUGGAUUUUACUCUGGGAGGAUCCAGUGUGACCUUUGAUGACCCCCAAAAUUUAUGAUUUACAGUGAGUGUUCCAUUGGCCCCUCUUCCAUCUAGGCAUCCUUGCACUACAGAAAAGCCUUGGAGAAAAAUACUAGUGUUUUUGUUUAGAAGACCGACUUCAAUGAAGUGCUGGAUUGGGCUCCUGGGAGCCCUUGCUUAAAUUAUACUGCCAAAUGGAAAGGAGAGUGAAUUGCUAUCAAUGGAGCUAACUUUUUUUUUUUUUAAUUCCCAUGGAGAGUAUCUCCUCAGAUCCUUCUCGUCCCUCCCCAUCCCCCCCCCAAAAACGUAAAGUAACCUGUACCCCAUUUCAAAUCACACUGUUCUACACUAUCCGUGCAUUUGGUAUAUUUUUCAGGAACAAAAAUAUAAACAAUUCCAUCAAAUGCAUUUACUGGUAAAUUGUUCACCUAGUGGUGCUGCCCCUGUCUUGGUUAUAGCUAUUUUCAUGUAAACAGAAAAACAAAUGAAGUGGUCUUUCUGCCAUCCCCUCCCUGAGAAAUCCAACCUCUGGUAAAUGGGUUUAUCACAGGCUAACAGGGAUAUGAUUUGUAGGAGUAUUUUGUUAUUGUCCUGGCAGCAUUUCACUGGCUUAGGAUUACUUUUUGAAAUUCAACAGUUUGUUACUUAUGCAACACGAAUCAGUAAUCUGAAUCUACUACUGUUAUAGGGCCUGAUUCAAACCCUAUUAAAGUCAGUGGGAAGCUUUUGUUGACUUUAAUAGGGUUUGAAUCAGGCCCAUACUGUCUACUGAUUUAUCUGAGCCACAACACUACAUUAUUUCACAUUUAAUGUGAGCCUGUUUAAAAUGACACCAUCAUCUUAAAAAUGAGACUUCAGCCUACUAGCAUUACCAGUAACAUUUUGGAUUGUUACAAUUGAAAGAGAUUAGAGAAGAAAACAGAAUUGUUUGGCUUGUUUACUUUGUGCGUUUGACAACACUUUGUAUUUGCCAGUUUCUCCUGUUGUCUUUCACACACACAAAAAAAGACAUUUUUCAAACUCUAGAAAAAUAUGAUUGCAAAACCACAAAAAUUGGUAUGGGAAUUCCAGGACAAAAGUAACACCUAAAACUACUUUUAACUUGUUUUUAAAAAGAUGACUAAUUUUCAAGUUGAUGGUGUCAUUUAAUCUGUGUUUAGAACUAGAAUACUAUAUCUACAAACUGUGAAGUGGUCUGUAUCACUGGCUCCUGUUUGAGAUAACUUCCCCUAACUCUUUACCUCCACAUUCCUGAUGGUUCAAAAGACCGUUAAAGUGCUAGGAAUUUGAGUAAAACUCUGUGUGACUAAGACAAUUUUAGAAAUCUAAAAGCGGGAUUUAUUUACAGAGAGGUGACUUCUAAUGAAUGCCAUUUUUCCCUAGUGUUUUACAUAUUUCAAAGCUGUGGCCUAAAUAAUGUUGUGCUACUUAAAGAAUAUUGCUAAUUGUACAAGAAGCUAACAACUUCAGCCUCACGCAUAUCCUACAGCCUCUGGAAAUUGUCCCCACAUCAAUUACACACAGUUUCUUACUGAUUCUACAUUCCUCCUUAAUAUACCUCCUCUGGGCCCAAAUCUGAGGCUGCUUUUUGCCCUUAGCCUUUGUGUGGUAACUCCAUACAACCGUAGAAAUGAGCUGUGGACUGAUCUUAGGGAGAGCUGAGCUAGUUGUAAGUGGGACCCCAGGGUUCUGCUUCAUAAAUAAGCUCCUCAUUCCUCAGUACUCUUGCACAUUGUAGGCCCCUUUUUUCUCUCCCCAGCUGGAGACAGGGCCAGAAAGCCAGAGGUCACUUCACGUGAGCAGUGCCUGCCCUAAAGAUGUGUUCCACCAUACAAUUAUCAUUUAUAGAAGUUAGACUGGAAAGAGGUUGGAGAGCCAUGCCAGCACAUAAAUACCAGUUUAGGGAACCAACCUCUGCUCAGUCCCACACCGGAUUUGCAUUGGUCUCUGUAGUUGCAAAGCUAAUUUACUGCUGGGCUGUUUUAGCUACAUGGAUGUGAGCAGAGACACAAUUUGUCCCAUAAACAUUUAUAGACACUCUCCUGAGUUGUAAUUAGUGACUCAUGUGGAGUCAAAGAACACAAAAGGAAUUGUGGGAAGUUAUCUCAGUGUUUUUGGAACAAGUCAUUUAGAACUAAAUUCCCAAGCGUUCAUUCAUUUUUGGUGCCUCCUUUUUAAGUGCCCUAAAUUGACAGCACCCAAGGCUUAGUGUUCAGAGGUGCUGAGCACCCACAACUUCACUUGACCUCCAUGGAAGCUGUAGAUGCUCUGAAAAAUAGGCCGAAGGUGUCUCCCUCCAAUUGAGCACCAAAGCUAGUGGACAUUUUUUUUAAAAGUAAGCCUUAAUUUCCUGUGCCUCGGUCUUCCUCAUCUUUAAAAUGGGGGAAAUCUUUCUUUGCUUUGCAAAGCACUUAAAGACCUAUGGAUGAAAAGCAUUAUGUAAAUACUAAGGACUAGUAGUAUUUGUUGUUUAUGCCUGAGGCCAUUUAAUUAUUCAUGUAAACUGUAUCCCCAAAAUCAGCAUCACUAGAAAGACUUUCAAAGAUUGGCACAUCUAAGCUCCCAGGCCUCUGGGAAGAAAAUUGUUUUUGUGAGAUAUAUUGAAUGAACAUUUUCUCUUCAUAUAUAAUAUCAAUACUACCCAUGGUAUUGGAGUAUUCUUAUAUUAAAUGGGCUUUGCAGUUGAUUAAAUGCCUUAAGUUUGCUUCAACAUUUAAUCAACUGCAAAAGCUGUUUAUUGCUUGUAUACUCCAGCUCAGUAGAAUAAAAUUUAUUUUUGUAUACAGCCUUUCAUAUUCAGGUUAGUUACUAGUGUAGUGACUCUGUAGGCAAACAUCGCAGCUAUUCUAUAUUCAGCCGUUGCUCACAAUCCUCUUGGACGUUAGAACCUGUUUUAUUGAGAGAGAGAAAAUGCUGACAUCAUUACCAUGUUGACUAUUGACAUUAUUGCUUAAAUGUAAGCUGUGAAAUGUCUCAUGCCACAAUUAUGAUAAAUCUUUCGUUGGCAUUCCAUUUUGAAACAAAUGUGAAGCAACUGUGAAAAUAAAAGUAGGUAUUUGUUUUAAACCUAAGACCUUCUUUGACUCAUACUGUGCUUUUAGGAUUUUGAAUUAGAGUAUAAUUCGCUGUAGCAUAAUUUAGUAGGACAUACUUGGACAGUGCCAAAAGUGAAUGAAAAACAUUACUAGUUUCAGAUUAAUCACUGAUCAGUCGGUAUAAAUAUCUAUUCAGAAAUAAAACAAGUAUGUACAAACAAGCAAAUAAAAAUCUAGCUGUAUCUUAAAGCAUCAGAUCACAAGUAAGAAGUUGAGGCACAGUCCUGCAAGGUGCUGAGCACCCUCUACAUAUUUACCCAUUUUAAUAGGAGUAUAGGGUGUUCUGCAUCUCACAGGAUUGAACACUUGAUUUGAGGUAAAAUUGGCCUUAGCUUUUGCUAAAUAACUAAACCUAAACCAGGCAGCGAGAGUCCCUGCGGAACAGACUCAGAUCUACCUAGGCUGUAUCAAGAAUCUAGUCGCCUAACACUGGCUGUCCAGAGCUGGCAUCCCCUAGUAAGACCCCAUCCUCGGACUUUCCACCCAUGCCUAGCAAUGGCGCAACCUAGUAUUGUGGCCUUCUCAUAAGAGUGCCUCACAUACUCCAAUCCAUUGCAAAGAGCAAACCUCAUCUUGCACAUGUUAGUAGGGUCAAGCCCUGCUAAGAAGUAUGUGUGAGAGUUGAGGAGAUAGGGCAUUUCAUCUGGCUGCUCCUCUGGGUCCUGCUUUAUUAGAAAGACUGACUGGACAUAACCCCCAGCAAACUGGGUCAUAUUGACCAUGGCCAGUCCAAUUAGAUGCCUGCGUAAGUGACAGCCACUGGGUCAGACAGAAUCUGAGGGCAGUAAGCCUGCCCAGAACAGACCAUUUGGGUUCAGAGUGGGUGAGUGAAAGCUUAGGACCCACAUUCCCCCCGUGAACCAUGUCAGUCCACAGUCUUUGGGCUUGAAGUGGACACACCCACAUGAUUAACUCAGACAUGUUCUAGUUGGCUUUAGCCAGUCAUGAAGCCACCCAGGAAUGCUAGAGUUCCAUGAUUGCUGCAUGGGACAGGGAGCAGCGCAAAGCUGUAAUCCCAUCAAACGUUUUUGGUGAGAACCUAAACCAUAAAACCAGACCUUGAGUAGCGUUCAGUGUCACCAGAGCCCUAAGAUGGAUAUAUGGUCGUAUAUGUACAGACUGUUUCAUUGCAUACAAUGUGGAAUUGCCAUUAAUCCUUCUUUUAAAAAGUCAUGGUUUUUUUGCUCUUUUUUACCCUGUUCAUUACCUCCCUGAAAGGCCUUGCAAUGUCAUGACCAUCCCUCCCACAGGCCUAGUAGGGGUAGAUAGGACUCCUUACGUAUGUCAGGCCGGGAGGUAUUCAGGUGCCACUCAAGCCACUGGAAUCGCAAUGUUGCUCCCCUUUGUGGUAGAAAGGUGCACUGCCCAAUCCUUUUAAAAAGUGAAACUGCUGAUCAGCAACAGCUUCUUGCAGGAACACCCUGCCCAUGGUUGUGCCAGCUGCCAAAACUCACUCUCCCAUGCCCCAGCAGUUCAUCUUUUUAAAUAUAAAAUUAAAGUUCAGUUCCAGUGCAGCGACUUGUGGGAGCUGCUGGAAGACUCCGUCUGACUUUUAAAGUUAACAUUUUUUUAACUAGUGAACUCCUCAUGAACCAAUGUGAACACUAAAAUGUGAGCCUUAUUGUUAUGUAUAGGUAGUAUGUGCUCUUUCCUGUUCGGUACUUAGCAACCUUGUAAGCAAUUGUACAGUCCUGUUUGAAAGGAUUAGAAUGCUUCCCUGUAUGAUUAUUGAGUAGUUAUGUGUAAUUGUUUGCAAAUUAGAUUUGGCUGCAUUGCCAUGUCUCUAGCAAUGUGCUUUAAUGUACUAAAAACCACAUAAGAAAUGUGCAUUAGUUUACUUUUUUAAGCGAUAUUGUAUUACACUACUCUCAGAAUUGUUAUUUUUUAUGAGUAAUCACUGAACUUUGUACUUCAUUUGUAGGGGUAGAAAUGAUGUUUUAUUUCAUUAUUACUGAAUAUUUGGAUGUUUAAAAGAUUGUCAAUUGGUCUUAAUUCCAUAAACUGACAUGUUGUAAAUACAUGCACAAAGUUCAGAUUCUCCUUUAAUAGUUAAUGUCCAUCAUUAAGGCUUUUAGACUGAAUAAGGUACAUCUGUGAAUUUCUGAGCAAGAAAAGUGAAACUUCAUGUACUUUACUAAUCUGACCUUUUAUGUGAAUUUUGUAUUUCAAAAGAUACAAUAAAAUUGAAUGUAUCUAUUCGCAUA